UCUUAGAGACACGAUCAGAGACACGAUGGGCCGGCGUGCAGGUAAAACCUCAGGUGUCGGGGACGUGGUCGUCUUGGCGGCGCUGCUGGGGCUCGCAGGCGGAGUUGUGGUCCCCACCACCUAUGGAGACGUGAACGGGGUGGAGUUACCGACCUCGUUCAUAGGGGGCGCUGUGUUUGACCGGAUCUACACCUUCAAGGGGAUUCCCUACGCCGCUCCGCCUGUGGGGGACCUCAGAUGGCGCCCUCCCCAGGACCCGGUCGGCUGGACCGGAGUCCGGGACGCCGCCCAGUUCGGAGCCCGGUGCCCGCAGGUUGUGGAGAUGCCUUUUCCGCCAGGUUCGCCUCUGUACGAGCUGUCCGGGCCGUUCCGCAGCAACAGCAGCAGCGAGGACUGCCUGUUCCUGAACGUCUAUACGCCUAACGUGGCUUCCACUGCGAAUCUACCGGUCAUGGUGUGGUUACACGGAGGAGGUCUGGCGAUGGGUAGUGCAGACACGUACCCGGCUGAGAUCCCCACGUCACUCAAUAACGUCGUCAUGGUAACCAUCAACUACCGGCUGGGCAACCUGGGCUUCCUGCCGACCCGGGACGCCGACACUGACGGCAACGUUGCGCUAAUGGACAUGGCAAAAGCCCUCCAGUGGGUACAGGACAACAUCCGGAACUUCGGCGGAGAUCCCGACAGAGUCACCAUCUUCGGCCAGUCCGGCGGAGCCUGGGGGGUGUCCCUGCUCGUCAUGUCCCCGGAGACACGAGGGCUGUACCGCCGGGCCAUCUCUCAGAGCGGCGUGGCCGGGCUCGGGGCCAGCCGCAGGGGAGACACCACAAAAACGGAAACUCUCGCCGCCUCGGUAAACUGCACUACGGACUCAUUCGAUGACAUGAUGAGCUGUCUGAGAAGCAAACCAGCCCAAGACAUGUUGGAACUCGAUGUUCCAGUUCCGAUAGUCGGGGGACGUUACUUACCAGAUGCAGACGAUCUGUGGGACCUGGUGUACAAGAAGCAGGUUAACGAGGUAGACUACCUCCUGGGCACCACCGACGGCGAGUUCAGCAACGGGCUGCUGGGCAUAGUUCCGGAAGUGACCGCGGACGGCCUGAACAGGACUGUGUUGCCGGAUGUUCUGCAGGCCCAACUCAACUUCAUUGCCGCCCAAUUCCCCGACGGCAAUGUGGACAACAUCGUGCAGCCCGUGAUAGACCAGUACAUGAACCCCGACUCGGACGACCCGAUCUACACACGUGACCGGUUUAUCCAGCUGAUGACCGACUACAGGUUCACCGCAACGAAUGUGCUCAUGGCGCAGGCUGUGGCAGAACACCCUGACUCCCGUGUCUAUCAGUACGAGUUCCAGCACCGCACGUCGUUUUUAACGGAAAGACCUAGACACGCCAAAGCUGACCACGGCGACGACCUAUUCUACAUGUUCGGCAUCCCGCUCCUGCGUGACGCCACCGGCAACUCCUGGAAGUACGACUUCAGUGAGGAGGAACGCGAACUGAGUCUGGACAUGAUGGCGUACUGGGUCAACUUCGCCGCUAACGGGGAUCCUAGCGACUUCAGCGGAGCAGCGCGCAUGCGUGACGUUGCAAAGUGGCCACGUCACACGCCAUCGGGUCAAGAGUACCUCCGGCUGGACGUGACGUCAUCUGCUGACGUCAGGCUUCGGGAGUCCCGGAUGCAGUUUUGGAACGAGGAGGUGCCGAGGCUGAUGGGAAAAAAAAUUCGAACCGCCGGGCCGGACGAACUUUAACCUUUUUGAGUGCUUUCGUCACUGAAGUGUUACUAUGUGACGAAUAUCAUUUUCGCUGCUCUUAAGACUUGCUCUAUGUGUUGAUGUAAAUGCAUUAUUAGAUUGUAUAUAUCUGGCUUGGACGUAGAACUUGAGGCUCGUUUGGACGUUUGUUAUAUAGAAUGUAAAAAUUUAAUUGCUUUGCUUCAUCAACGUCAUUUGCUAUAGGCCAUAUGAUUUUAUUUUACACUGACUCCAUUCAGUGGAUGGCAUCAUCUGAACACCCCAAAAUAGAUGUACACGUGAGAAUACGCAAAUAAACUACUAUUUAGACGUUA